CGAAGCGACGCGGUGGUUCCGGUAAAACAUACCGAUUAUAAACCAGUAGAAAUGGUUCUUUAGAGUGAUUUCUUUACAGCCGGUUCCGGUUGUGGAGCUUUAAUACACACACACCCCCGGCGGUAGCAGCAGGAACAUGGCGACCAGACGCAGAUACGACCUCCAGUUCAAAGAGCGCGUGUUGGAGUACGAGGAGCAGAACUCUGCAGAGGAGACGGCGAGACACUUUAACAUCGACAUUAAGAGGAUCCGCUACUGGAGGAGGCAGAAGGAGGAGCUGCUGCUGGUGAGCGAGGAGCUGGAGCAGAAGCUGUGGGAGUGGAUUCACUCGAUGAAACACCAACGCACCGCGGUGACUAGAACCGCGAUCACGAGGAGAGCGCUGGAGAUCUACCCGUCGGUGAGCGACGGGGGGAAGGCCUUCGUGAGCACCGGAUGGCUACAGAACUUCCUGCAGAGGAACCAGCUCUCGAUUCGCCGCCGCUCCGCCGAGCCACCGGCGGACCCCGAGGUCCUCAUGGAGAGACUGGUCGGGUUCAUCGAUCACGUGGGGCGGACGGUGAGCGCCAAGAAGAUCUCAGAGGGCGACAUCUUCGCAAUGGACGAGACGGCGGUUUCUUUAGGUUUAAAGAGACAGAGCCGGAUCACCGUCGUCCUCGCCGCCGCCGCCAACGGCACCAAGCUGAAGCCCUUCAUCGUCUUCAGAGGGACGGACAACGAGGAGCAAGCAAGCGGCGGCGCUGUGGUCAAGUUGUCCGUGAACGGCUGGAUGAGCGAUGCUCUCACCAAAGACUGGCUGCAGGCCGUGGUGGGGAAGUCCAACGGCGCCCCGCGGCUCCUGGUGUGGGACUCGUACCGCUGCCACGUCGGCGCCGCCACCAAGGCUGAGCUGAAUGGCGGCUACGACGUCACGACGGCGGCGAUCCCGAGAGGCUGCACCCGAUUCGUCCAGGCCGCCGACGUGAUGUGGAAAGAGCCCUUCAGGCAGGACGUGCAGGACGCAUACCAGCGCUGGAUGGACGAGGACACCGAGCAGAACCUCAGACCCCCCCCAUGCCGCCUGCUGGUGGACUGGGUGGUCUCAGCGUGGGACAAACUGGACCCGGACCUCAUCAGGAAGUCCUUCAAAGUGUGCGGACUCUCUGUGAAGAGAGACGGCAGUGAGGACCAUCUGGUCCUCUGCUUCGGGGAUGGACAGCCCUGCUCCGCCGGACGGGACCAGCUCACUCGGGUCCGACAGCAGAACCAGAACGACCAGGAGGAGGACCAGGAGGACGAAGAGGAGUUGUUUAACAAUGAACUAGUGGUGCUUGAUGAUGAGGAGGCAGUCCAAGAGAAGGACGCGGUGACACCGGUCAUGUCCACCCCCCCCCCCUCCGGCCCACCUGCAGUGCCCCCUCUGUGGUCACUUCUCUAAGAGCCACGCCCACCAGCUGACUCACCUGGCGGCGUCUCACCCGACCCGUCUGGACAGAGCGACGGUCGGGCGACUCGGAAACAUCCUGAUGUACCAAAACACAGCAAAGCUCUUCCACUGCGUCGAGUGUUUCUACACCAGCAGAGACUUCACCAAGAUAUACAAACACCUCAUCUCUAGACACUGUGAGGACCACCGGGGGGGGGAGGAGGAGAGGAAGACCAGUGAGGAGGAGGAGGGAGAGAAAGAUGCUGUGAAGAG